AGUUGAAUCGGAGCCGUUUGGGAUUGAGCGAACCAGUUUCGCCUCGCCGAUCCUAUCGUUACCUCCUUCCAUGAGCGUGAGGAAGAGUGAGUGAUCCGAUCAAAAAAAAAAACAAAACAAAGAGAGGAAGAGUGAGCGAUAAUGGCGGAAACUAUUGCGCCGAUAGUGCAGCUUGUGGCUUCCACGAUUGCUGGUCCAAUCGCGAACGAAGGACAGAAUCUGUUGACGGUCGAGGAGAAGGUGGGCUGGCUCCGCCGCGAGCUCCGAAGGAUGCACUCCUUUCUCGCCGACGCCGAGAGAAGCGCCACCGACGACCCUCAGUCGUCGAGGUGGAUUUCAGAGAUCCGGGACCUCGUCUACGAUUCCGAGGACAUCAUCGAUGCCUUCGACGCCAUCGGUAUGUAUCCCGUUGCCUGCUUCUUCUGCCACUUGCGAUCUCGGCACCAGAUCGGUUCCAGGAUUCUGGAGCUCAAAUCGAGGCUCGAUGAAUUUUUCCGGAGUAAGUCGGACUACGGAAUCCCCACAGACGGCGGGCCCAAUUCGGACGAUCGGUGGAUCCAUGGUCUGCUGGCUUCUUCCCCUUUGAUCCAUCAAGGGGAUUUUGUAGGGUUUGAGAGCCAUUUUAAUGAGGUGAUCGAUUGGGCGAUGAGCGAUCGGCAAGAGUUGAGUGUUCUGUCUUUGGUGGCCAUGGGAGGCUCCGGGAAGACCACUCUUGUCAAGAGAGUGUUCAAUCACAACGUUGUGAAGAGGCGCUUCGAUCGCUUGGCUUGGAUAUACGUCUCUAAAUCGUUCCGGAUGCGGAACCUCUUCAAGGAGGUCGCAAAGGGACUGAUGACGAUGCCGUCCGAAGAAGUCAACGCCCUGAACGAAAAACAGCUGCAAGAAUUGCUCUUGGAAACCUUGAAGGAGAAGAGAUUUCUCCUUGUGCUUGAUGAUGUAUGGGACGCCAGUGUGUGGGAGGCGAUCCGUCUUGUCCUGCCCAGGAAUGAAAAUGGAAGCCGAGUGAUCAUCACGACCCGCAACAGUGCGGUGGCUUCCUCCAUUACUGAGGUCAAGAGCUGCUGUCAUGAGCUCCAGCCACUGUCGUUUGAGCAGUCAUGGGAAUUGUUCUGUAGAAAAGUAUUUCCAGAGUCAGAGCCAUGUCCUGAUGAGCUGAAGGAGGAUGCAGAAGGGAUUGUUAAAAACUGCCAUGGCCUUCCCUUAGCGAUCGUAACAAUAGGCGGAAUGAUGUCGAGAAAGGGACGAUCACAGCUGGAGUGGAACAAUGUGCUUGCUAAAAUGUACAGUAAUCUCAUCGGCAAUGAAGUUGAAGUGCAAGGUCCUCUUUUUUUGAGCUACAAGCACUUACCUUACCCUCUAAAAUCUUGCUUUCUUCUUUUUUCCAUAUUCCCUCAUGACUCAAACAUUCGGAGCAAGAAGUUGAUCAGGCUUUUGAUGGCAGAAGGUCUAGUAAAAGAAGGUGAAGGUGAAGGUGAAAGGAUGGAAGAUGUAGCUGAGAAAUACCUUAUGGAGCUCAUUAACAGAAGCAUGAUUCAGAUAUCUAUAUUGGGUAGCACUGGACGAGUUAAGACCUUUCGAAUUCAUCACCUUAUCCAUCAAUUGUCUAUAUCCAUAGCCAAAAUGCAGAGUUUCUCAAUUGUCCAUGAAGAUCGCCGGGCAAAACAUCCAAAUAAUGCUUAUCGAAUUUCAUUACAAAAGAGUUCCUAUGAUGCCUUGAAUAACACUGGUGAGAAAAAGCUUAGGUCGCUGUUUGUUUUUGGUAUAGAUGAACCUCUUCACAUCAAUCAUAGGAUUGUAGAUAAACUUAGGUUUCUUAGAGUACUUGAUCUUGAAGAUGUUUGUUUAUUCAAACUACCUAAUGAGGUUGGCAAUCUAAUUCACCUAAGGUAUUUGAGUCUAAAGGGAACCAGACUCAAGAUGCUCCCUCUAUCUCUGAACAACCUAUUAAACUUGCAGACACUUGACAUUAGAAGGACCAGGCUGAGGAAGCUGUUAUUUGAGAUAAAUAAUUUGAAGAACCUGAGGAAUCUUGAGAUGAAGCAAGGGGAGAAGAGCAUCAUUAUACCAUCACAGUUUUCGCAGUUAGAAAAUCUUCAAGUGAUAACUGGCGUACAAGCUGACCAGGCCGUUGUUCGUGGUGUUGGAAAGCUGACCCAUUUGAGAAAAUUGGCUAUCGAAGAUAUUCAAAUAGAAAAUGUAUCUGAAUUGUGCUCCUCAAUCAAUAACUUGCCUGGUUUGUUGUCCUUGUCCAUGUACUCCAUUGAUGUUUCUACUACACUAGAAUUGGAGAAACUGAAUCCUUUAUCUCUUCAGAAAUUGCACAUAGCUGGGCGUUUAGAAAGAUUGCCAUCUUGGUUCAGUGGUAUCAGAAACCUCACGAAAUUGAGAUUGGGUCUAACAAACCUAUCUGCAGAUCCAUUUGAAGCCUUGCAGCAACUCCCCAAUCUGGUUUUUCUUCAGUUGUAUCAGGCCUACCAGGGGAAGGUCAUGAGAUGCAGCCACCAUGGGUUCCGAAAAUUGAAGAUACUAAUAUUAACUGAUCUAGAAAAAUUAGAAGAAUGGAAGGUAGAAGAUGGAACUCUGCAGUGCAUUCAGGAGAUAUGGAUCAUGUCAUGCUUAGAAUUGAGGAGAGUUCCUCCAGGGCUCAAGUACCUUGUGACACUCUUGCAGUUGAGAUUGGUAAGCAUGCCACAAAAUUUUAUCAGCAGGUUGAAUCCCUUGGGAGGGGCAGAUUUCCCAGCUAUCAAGCACAUUCCUUCCAUUCAGGUCACUUAGAAUAUAUUUUAUAGCCUUUGCGUACCUGAUUAUGGUUCCAUAAGAAUGACGACAGAGGGCAGAUGAUCAUUCACCCUCUUUACCUUCCCAAUUUGUUACUGGCUUGACUCGAAGGUCAUCUUUGUGAGAUUGGGCAAUUAUGAAGUGGAUGAAUCAAUGUCCUAGUAUCUCAGUAUCAAGCAUAUAUAGUUAUGUAUCUCCCUGACCUCAAAUACUAGCCUGGAAAGUUAAUGGAAGCCAGUGGUAUUUACUCCAACAUCAUUUGCUGCUUGCUUAGAAAAGAUGGGAGGGAUAAGAAAUCAGGACAAGCUACUUUUGUCUUCCCAAAUUGUACAAGGAUGACAUGAAGGAUGAUGUUUGAUAUAGAGAUGAUAUAUUGUUUAGUGGAGUGCUGGACUUAGCAGAUUGAAAUGGUAAAUGCUGAAGCUAAAGCAAAUGGAGCAUAAUAUGCCAACCUGUUUCUAGAUCUGCCUUUCACUUUUGGACAAAAUUAAGAGUUCAGAAUCUCCUGUACCACUCAUUGAAGUUUAUUUUAUUGGGUGUUCACCAGGCUCUCCCAUAAUCUUGCCCAAGACUAACUUUCCUCCAAGUUUAUUUUAUUGGGCGUUCACCAGGCUCUCCCAUAAUCUUGCUCAAGACUAUAACUUUCUUUCCAAUGAAACGCCACAAUAAGUUAUGGCAAGAUUCAGUCACGUACAACAACUACGCAGGUUCUAAGAUAGAUUUACCACCAGCAAUGUUUUGCAGGUACCAAUAUAUGAUGAUGGCAUAUCUGUGAAUGACACAAACAUUGACUUCGAGAAUUCUCAACCCAAUCUCGACUUCCAGCAGCUGAAAAUGCUUGUUGAUCCUGCAAUGCGACUGGCUCCUUCCCUGGGCAGAUCAAAAUCUUCAUUUUGAUCCAGCGGAUGCUCGUAGAGAGCAUUGAGAUUGGUGUUCUUGGCACAGUUGCACUUUCCGAUUCGUUUUCAGAAACUUGUACAACAGUCUAUGGAAGUUAAUUGCACUGAUAAGGAAGAUUAACAUGGUUUGGUAUGGUUAUGCUAUUUUAUUUUAUUUCAUUUUUGAAAAGGGAGCAAAUGAGCAAUACGAUUCGUGCCAAGUUUUGUAAGCCUUAACUGAAAGCCCGAGAGAGAAUUUUAUUUUCCUUUGGGUUUUUAGUCAAAAAGUGCGCUCAAGGCAGUUCUUCAAAUGUCAGAUCUCUCUUCGAUUAAUCAGCUAUCGGAUCUUGUUGGAAUGGAUCUAUAGGAAUGGAUUUGAUGCUAGAAUCAGAUCGUCAAUAGCUAAAGUCAAUGUCCAACUAGCAAACUAAGCUUUGCCAAUAACUUAUUCUGUUUUUUUUU